AUGCGAGAGCUACCGGGGGAUCUCGACUCCCUCAAACGGCCAGCCCUCCUGCAGCUCUGCAAGCGUUUUGGUGUAAAGGCGGUUGGCAAGAACGCUGAUUUAGUGGAGAAGCUGCGCGACUGCGAGGCAGGGGAGAUGGAAGUGGACGAGAGGGGUGGUGAGGAGGGAGAAGAUGAUGAGAUGGACGUGAGUCAUUGUCAGGGAGAAUGGAUGCCCGCCGCGGAGAGAGAGGCAGGUGAGGGGAUGCAGAUGGAGAUGGAGAUCCGGACGAUGUCAGGUGGGAUCGAGCAGGGUAGCGCGAUGGGCGAAGAAGAGGCGAGCCUCCUCGAGAACAGGGCUUCGAGCUCGACCGCAAGGGAGAAGGCGGACCAGCACGAGGACCAGCACGAGAACCAAGACAACGAUUCGCCCCUCCCUCUGCCCGGCGCCUACUUUGCGACUCCGCCCCGUCCCCUCAUCAAACGCGCUCGCUCCUCCACCCCGGCGGCCACUUCUAAACCCUCGGCCCUCGGCCAUCUCCCCUCAACAUCAAGCAAAAUCGCUCAACCACUCCCCUUUGCAACCCCCAAAGCGCAACGCUGCAUCGCCCCCCUCCCGCGAAAGAGCACGGCAACCACGACGCGCGCCCAUGCUCAACCUCGACCCUCCAGCGGGCUGUACCCGCCUCUACCCGUGGCACUCCCUCCGCCCACACCCGGUGUCAGGCCACAGGAAACGAGCAUUUGGCUCAGCCCUGUCAAGCCUGUCCCCGCAGCGAGCCCGCUGAAGACUGCGACUGCCACUAUGGGUACGGGUGCGAGCACGAGCAGCGCCAGCGCCAGCGCCUUCACCUUUACCUGCCCUGCUCCGACCUCGCAAACCAAUGCAGCGAGCGCAGAUACGGACGCCAAAUCCCUCCUCCUUUCCCGACUGAACGAGCGUCUCACCACAGCGGGGGCGGAGGCGAUUUCCUCCUUCGAACCAACGAUGAAGCCUUCAGCCUCCUCACCUGCCAGGCUCUUCGCGCUCAGUCGCACGCAGACGCAGACGGAGAGACGCUUCAAAUCGCUUCACCAAAAGGAGAUGUCCCGCAGCGGGAGUAUAAAGGAUCAUUGGAGCUUGGCACGCAAGGUGCGGGGUGGGGAGCAGAAGGAGAGUCAGCACAAGCGAGUCAAGAUUGCUCCGUCUCCCUCUUCGUCGACGAGCACGGGUCCUGCGCCGCAGACACAGGCACCCGCGUCUUCACACUCUGCUACAUCAUCAUCAUCGUCUUCCAGCGCCCGACCCGAGCCCAGGAUCAACAGCCACGCCCGGCUCCCUGCGGCAAAGCAGCGCAAGGCCCGCUCCUCGCUGCAUGUCGCCCCUAACGCGGGAUUGGGCAGGAGGAAGAGCCUCGUGGGCUCUUUGAAGGCCAGGGGCGCGGGUAUCGGGGUGGGAGUGGGACUAGCUCGUGCCAAGACGGUCCGACCCGGAGAGGGAGGCGGACACGAAGCCGCAGCGCCCACCAAGAAGCCUGCCACUGAUGCGACGUCCACAUUCACGGCAGCAGGGCGCGCAGAGCAGCCAAUUCGUCGCUUCUUCACGGCCGAGGGAAAGAGCGUCAAGUCUGCCCCGACCGCUCCUGCUCCUGCGGCCGGGGGAAGCAGGACGGCUGGUCCUGGCCCUCGCCCGGGUCAUACAUUGCAGCCUAGCCUUAAGAAGCAGAAUGCCGGACCAUCCACGACCUCCUUCCGCUCCACCUCCUCGUCCUCUUCCUCGUCCGCCAAGCCACCUCAACCCCAAUCUCAUCCUUCCGCGCUCAACAGGACCAUUGCCACCGCAAACGCCCACCGCAACCCCACGCAAGGCCAGCCACAAGCGCAAGCAGCGCAUCGCGUCCAGGAGGCGCGACGUCGUGCUGCCGAGGAGUCUAGGGCCAGGGCGAGGCAGGAGAGGGCACGAGCUGCGGAUGCGGGUAAGAACGCUGGACGUACUGCGAGUGGGGCGAGUGCGACGAGCGGGUCAACAAGUCGGACGAGCGUCGUGGCUCAGCCGCUACUGGCUUAG